AUGCAACCCGAGCGCGUCCCCGCCCAGCAGCAGCAUCACCAACACCAUCAUCAUCAUCAUCAUCAUCAUGUGAUCCGGGAUAUUACAACAUUGGAGAACAGAAUGUUAAUGCUUGAUGGGAUGCCUGCAGUCAGAGUCAAAGCAGAGCUGCUGGAAUCAGGACAAGGGUCUCCAAACACUCAUAGUUACCCAGAUAUGGAAGCUGUACCCCUGUUGCUGAACAGUAUGAAGGCAGAUUCAGAAGAAGACUCUUUGCCCACAGACCAUUUCCAAACGCAAACUGAGCCAGUGGACUUAUCAAUAAACAAAGCCCGAUCAUCCCCCAUUGCUGCUUCAUCUUCACCAGUAUCCAUCACUGCAUCAGCUUCCUCUCCCUCUUCUAUUUCUACUUCUUCUAGUCGUCCAGCUUCAUCACCAACAGUAAUCACAUCAGUAUCUUCAGCAGCCUCUGCUCCAUCAGUAUUAACUCCAGGACCACUUGUGGCAUCUGCGUCAGGUGUUGGAGGGCAGCAGUUUUUGCACAUAAUCCAUCCAGUACCUCCUUCAAGCCCUAUGAACCUACAGACCAACAAAAUGAGUCAUGUACACCGCAUUCCAGUGGUGGUACAAUCGGUACCUGUGGUCUACACAGCUGUGAGAUCACCAGGGAAUGUGAACAACACUAUAGUAGUACCGCUACUGGAGGAUGGGAGAAAUCACAUGAAAGCACAAAUGGACCCACGUGGACUAUCUCCCAGACAAAUUAAAAGUGACAGUGAUGAUGAUGACCUGCCAAAUGUGACCUUGGAUAGUGUUAAUGAAACUGGAUCUACAGCCCUCUCUAUAGCCAGAGCAGUUCAAGAAGAAAGCAUGUGGGGCUGUGCCAGGUCAGCUGUUAACACUUUUCGUUUUUUCAACUCCAGUUCAAUUUCACCAUUUAGUAUUGAGAGCACAAGACGCCAGAGAAGGUCUGAAUCACCUGACUCUAGAAAACGCCGUAUCCACAGAUGUGAUUUUGAAGGAUGCAACAAGGUAUACACAAAAAGCUCCCAUCUGAAGGCUCACCGGAGGACGCACACAGGAGAGAAACCAUACAAGUGUACCUGGGAAGGCUGCACCUGGAAGUUUGCUCGUUCAGAUGAACUGACGAGGCACUACCGCAAACACACAGGAGUGAAGCCGUUCAAGUGUGCAGACUGUGACCGAAGCUUUUCCCGCUCAGAUCAUUUGGCAUUGCACCGCCGGAGGCACCUGCUUGUCUGAAAAAUGCUACCUUGUCCCCCUCCCCCUGAAAAAAGUACGGAAGUACCAAGAGCUGGGUCUCUUUUAACUACUUCGAAUUCAGCAGGGCUGAAUCCCAUUAUGAUGGCAUUAGCACAAAAGAGGGCGUUCGGCAUUGUCCCGUACAUACACAAAGAAGCAAGAAAUGUAGUGCCACAAUUCUCCUCCCAUCUGAAGUUGGCUUUCCAGUGUGGACAAAGUGAUCACCUUCAGCUGGGAGAUAAUAGCUUAAUGCUAGAAGAUCGGGCAUUAUUUUCUAACCCGCGUCCUUUUGAAAGUAUUUACGGCUUGUACCUUUUCUCAACCAUUACACUUUUUUUCUUCUCUCUCUCCUGAAGAAAUAUGGCUAUUGCAAGGACCAGAUGUCACAGCCUUUGAAAAAGAACAAGCCUCCUGGACCUCCACUUCAUGUGCUGCUGCUUCUCUCAGUCUCUCUCUCUCGCUGUCUAUGCUCUCUCUCUCGCUUUUUAAUUCUCAAAACACUUCAGAAUAUCAUCAUCCUAGAUUAUUGAGUAAUCAGCAAUCCACAAAAGCCAGCUAUAUGGACUAGAAAGAUGACUGAAGAAAAUGAAGCUCUUGGAAGUGCAAGGAUUUCUCAGCACACUUAUGCAAUAAAUAUGGUGGUAUUUUUACAUAUUUACCCCCUUCAUCAUUACGUUGGACUUUUGAGGCCCUUAUCAAAAUUUAAAUUUUGCUGUUCUUAAAUUCUCUUUCCUUUCUGGCAUUUAUUUUCCAAAGCAAAAUCUGCAGAACUGGUAUCAGUAACAUUUCUGUGUGAAAUAACUCUCUUUUUGCUUAAUUUAGAAUAGGAAGAGGUAAUUAAAAUGUCCUGUCAUGGUUACAUAGUAGAACAAAUGUUAGAUCAGCCUUCCCCAACCUGGUGCCCUUCCCAGUUGGACAACAACUACCAUCAAUGUAGCCACUGGCUGAGUAUAAUGGGAGUUGUCAUCCAACAAAUUUCAAGGGCAGCGCACAAGGAAAUGCUGUGUAUGCCCAUCCUCGUUAAGCUGGUAUUUCAACUGUCACUUUUUUAUUUGCAGGUUAAAAAAUAUUCAAAUAUUCAUGUAUGAGUUGCUCUAUCAUCUUUUGAUUACUCUGCAGUUGGUGACUGACAAGCAAAUGUAUAAACUGUCUUCUUUGCAGCAAUACUGUCUCUUGGAAGAACCAAUGUGAUAAACCAAUGUGUGUUUGUGCCUGAUGGCAUAUUCAUAUCUGCAAGUCCAACCAUCAGUUGUGUUGAGCAUGAAUGUGUGUGCCACCUGUUUGGCCUACUUGAGUUUGUUUCCAAUGUAGUUGUAUUUACGAAUGCAGUAUCUAAGAUCCACUGAAAGGGAACUACAUAUUUCAGUAAUGAAAAAUAGGGGAAGGGGUGAGAGGCCUUUGAUUUAAUUCAAAGGGGUUCCGAAAAAUUGCCGUUUUCCAGACACAGAGUCCCAUGAUAAAUCUUACUUGUGCUAGCGAGAAUUAGUAAGAAAUAAGGGUAUAGAACUUUUGUUGUUUUAUUAGCCCACACAAGACAAAAAAAGCAAAGGUUUUCAAUCCAUUCGGCCAGUUUAUAACAGCUUUCCUAUAUUUUUCAUCUUUCAGGAUAUUUUUGCAAAAAUUUCAUUUGCAGAAGAAAACCUUGUAUUUUGUACAAAAUACAAAUGCUUAUGUCAGGAAAUUGUAUCCUGCAAAAUGCAAUAAAUUCUUGCAGAGAAGUGUUGUUGCACAAAAUACUGUGGGUUUUGCACAAUGUUUUUGCAAAAAAAAAUCCCAAAAUGUUAGAAAUAAAUGCACAAUAGUUUUAUUAUCAUAUUGUGACAUAUCAAGACAUACCUUGUGAGAGAUAAGAACACAGUCUUGCUGGGUGGAGACCAGACCAGAGUUGGGCAUUCUCAAAGAGUGCAGUAAGUGACUCUUGAAGCUGAAGAGAUAUUCUGUACCCAUCAAGUAGUCAGCAAUUGACAGCACCUGGUGACUGAGACAGAGAAGUGAGUGCCAUCCAUCCCAUUCCAAAUCAAAAUUAAAAUAAACACAAUUCAGAGAACUAUCCCCUUUAAAUGAUAUCUAAGCAAUUGUUACCUGAGGUGGUUUUCUCCUUCUGCCUAAAAGUAGGCCAUCUUGCUCUGAUCUAGUAAGAAGUAGCCACUUCCCACUCCAACUAUAACAGAUAAAACAGAAUCCAUUUAAAACAUUAAGUAGGCCAUAUUAUCUGACCUAUUGGCCAAUCAGCUGAUUUCAGGUAUUUUGACCAUUUGGAAACAGCAAAUGAAGAAUAGUGAACUUCCUUGGAUGGACAUCCAUCAGAGCUCACAUAAUUAUGUAGACUAUGUUGCACUCUUUCUUUGGAAGGAUCCUGGGAAGUGGACUCAUGAGUAUUUUAUAGUAUCACAAUUGCAGCAAGACAGGUGUCUGUCAUUUCCAAAUGGUUUGUCUGGUCCAUUUUCAUAGUUAAGAAGACUAUAAAGUGCAGCAUGAAGGGACUUCCCCCAUCUGGCACUUUCCAGGUGAACUAUAACUGCUAUUCUCCCCAACCCGAAACUGGAACUGGUGAAAGUUUUAGUCCAGUACAUACAGAAGAACUCAGGCAGUGCACAACUGAACUAGAAUAUAAAUCAAGAGAUUCAUUAUAAAUCUUAAGAAAUGUAUCAGAUAGCUCUCUUGGGUGUCCUUUGAGACUAAAUGAGAGAAAGAAAUUGUUAGCAUACUCUUUUGUAGAUUUAACUACAGAAAGUCUCUUAAUCUCUUAAUUCAAAAAGCUUUGCUUUUCAAUUAGCCAUACCAGAAGUUUUGGUUUCAUAUCUAAAAUAAUCAACUUGCAUGGAAUUUGUCAUAUAUACUCACAGAUAUAUGACAAAUGAUUAAAGAUGAGGCAUUACAAAAAGUGUUGUGUCUACAAGUCCUGGCCCAGUGCCUAUAACAGGGCCUUUUAUACUGGAGUAUAUAAAGUUACACCAAAAAGGGCACAGUCCUUCAGGCUUUCUACUAAUAGGAUGGACAGGAUUCAGCUAAAUUUAUGGACAUUUAAAUUUCAUUGAUUUUGGUGUAGAGAGUGAAACAUGCUUAACCUAUUAUUCACAUUAAUUAGGAUUUUAAAUGUUUAAUUGUUUGGAUAGUUCCCAAUAUUCACAUGGCAGCUCUUGAUGUUUUUGGAAAAAUGGAAACUCAUUGCUACACCCUUUGUUGGACAAAAUUCAACAUGACAAAACAAUUAGGGAAUGAGGUAGCCUAGAGCAUGUUUGACCAUUUCCAAAAUGUGAUCUUUAUUGAUAUGAAUUGAAUGUAACAAGAAGUUGGUGACCUUUUGUAUUUGAACAACUAAUGCCCAAUGUCACAGACACAGACCAAUUGCUCUCACUGGACAAGUGUAGCUUCUCCAUUGGAAGCUACAUGUUCAGGCAUAGUAUACCUCUGGGGAUCUGAAGUUAUAGACAAACAAGAAAAGGAGGUAAUCGCUGCCCUAUCCUGCUUAUGUGUUUCUUCAGACAUCUGUUGGAUGCUGGAAUGGAGGACCAGUUCUUAGUUCAAUUUAUAAAGGUGAUGUCUACAGCAAAUGACAUCGUAAUGCAGUUAUUAUAAUAGGAGCAAACAGCCUAUGCCUCACAGCAUUCUACAUUCAUUGUUAUUUUUGUUUUGGAUAUUGAAUGGUCUAUUACACCUUCUGUAGGAAUAAGAGGGAAUUUCACCAUGUUUUUCAUUAAGGUGUGGGGGGGGGGGGGAGGUUCAAAACUUGAAAUAACUUUGGCAUAAAUCUAGUUGGCUGUGGGCACCACCCCAAUUUCUGGGAUUACUCAUUUCAGUGCUAGAACAUGGGAUGUAUACUUUGGUAGUGGACUGCUUUGCAAGGAAGCCAAUGGAAUGAUGAAUUAAUCAUCCUGUUUUCCAAAUCCAAGAAUGCUUGGAUGGAUGUUCAUUUGUUUGCUUGUCUUAUUAGGGUGGUAGAGCUCCACUGCACAUGGACUUUUUUUAGUUGUGGCUGCUACAUAGUAAAAUGCCCUUCUUGCCACCUUUGUUAGUGUCUGCAUUGUCUCUGUAACAUAUUUGAUAUCAGUUCAUCUGAUAUGUUAAUAUGGGUCAAUUUAUUUCAGUCUUGGGAUUUUACACUAAUAAAUGUAUCCUAGUGUCAUUAGCUAAGCAACAUGUAUUUUGAGCCAGUUGAAUUUACUCAACAAGAGAAUCACCUUCACAAAAUAAAAUGUGGAGGUCUUUGGAUUUUGUAUAACUACUGUUAAAAGUAGCUUUCCAUUUUAAAAAAAACAAAGAUUCCAUUGGGAAUGAAGAAAUAAUUCCAGUGUAUCACUUCUCCAAUUAUCUGUUUGUUAAAACAGAAAUGGGAGGUGCUCCCCACCCUGGUACUUACAUAUAGUUACACUGAUGGGAAAGAGAAUCAUGCAAAAAUACACAUUUCUUAUAACUUGUACAGAUAAACCUGGGUGUAGGCUUGGAGCUACAGAAUGUUCAGAAAUAGUCACUUUUUGAUAAGUCUUCUCUUUAUCGAUUAUAUCAUGCAAGUAAAAAUUCUCCCUUAUUCAUUGCAGGACUCAUUUACAAAUUAAAGUGGAUCUCUAUGCAUUGUAUCAAUUUCUCUCCUUCCCCUUCAUUGAAAAAAGUCCAGGCUAAAAUAAACUACAAUUCAAUCCCAUUGGCCUUGAUGCAAUUGUUAGUCACGACAUAGGAGGUGUCUAUAUUACACAAUAGUAGCAGUUUUUACGCUGUUAACUACUAGAAUCCUGAGAUUUGUACCUUGGUGCAGUGGUAAGAAUUCACUUUUGAGAGCUCCAUUGCUAUGCUUCCAGAGAAAGGCUUCAGCACUCACUAGCAGAGAGGGUUACAGAUUCCUCAACACACUACAAAUCACUGAAUUCCAUAGGAUGGAGCAAUGACAGUUACAGUGGUAUCAAACCACUGUAAUUAUGCAAUAUGCACACAUCUUUCAUCAAUGGGAACUUCAUAAGCCAAUGUAUAUAUAUAAGUUCCAACAAUAAUGGUGAAAUUGGAUAUAGGUCCUUGAUGAUUCAGUGAGAUUGGAUAAACACCACUAGUGAGAGAAUUACAACAGUUAACAGCCUUCAGUAGAAAUCAGAAUGAAACAAGCAGGCUUAAAUGUGGAGAGGUGAACACACAUAGCCAUAGAAACAAACAGCACAGUGUUAAGGGAGACCAUAUAGUACAUCCGUUCACACUCAGGUCUGAUUAGUAAUACCUAUUCUGUCUUCAUAUGCACGGCAGAAGGAGGAUAAAUUCCAUGCCUUCCCUUUCCCUGUAUCUGUUGGAGCUUCUGACAGAAAUGCCCUGCAUCUAUACAUUGCUUCUCAGACAGCUUCUCAUUUCAGACAUGCUACUGGUGGGCAAAAUAAAAACAUUUUCCCUAACUGACUCCAGUAUAUCACCAUUACACAAUGACUGAUUUUGCCCAUCACCCCCUCUAAACCAUUUUUAUGAAGAUAAAAUAAUGUAAGCAGAUCAUUGGGUUGUCAGUCCACACAAGGAAUGGAGAGGCAGAUUUACUUCUACUCUGUCUUGUUAGUUGUGUCUACUUGGAUCUGUUCAGGAGAACGUUAAGUGAUAGUUAGUGCUAGAGAUGCCAUAUUCACAUGAGUAUUUCUUGCCCAGAGUUGGUAGCGAUUAAUCUGGGGGAAGCUCUUAUCAGUCAUUCAUGUUUGGUUCUAUAUUGCAGCAAUACACCAUUCGGUGCAAAUGGGUUUUUGUGCAAGGGUGUCACUGAUAGCAGGCACAUUCUUUGUUCAUGAAUAAGAACCAGGAUAACUUUCUAGUUCUGUGGGAAAUGGGUACGUCUAAGCGAAAGUAUUAUAGCACAAUCCUUUCCGUAUCUGUGCAGAAUCCGUACAGUGUUCAGUGGGGCUAACUCCCAUGCAUGUAGGAAUAGAAUUGCAACCUCAGCAUCUCAUUUAAAAUAAUAAUAAUAAUUUGCUCUGUUUUUAUUUUCCAAUGAAAAAAAAUCACCUCAGUCCUGUUUUAUAUGCUCCUUUAAGCUAGUAGUUCUCAACCUAUGGGUCCCCAGGUGUUUUGGCGCACAACUCCCAGAAAUUCCAGCCAAUUUACUAGCUGUUAGGAUUUCUGGGAGUUGAAGGCCAAAACAUCUGGGGACACACAGGUUGAGAACUACUGCUUUAAGCAGAAGCAGCCAUCCAUAUUCUGCCCCCAUUAAUAUAUAUCUAUGGCCCCACAUAAGUGCAUAUAGUGAAUUGUGCUUAUGUGUGCAAUCAGAAUCAAAAUGGAAUAAACGCUUUCAAUUUUUUAAAAAAGUUGGGAAUAGCUUUUCUUUAGCCUAAAAUAAUUUUACCUUAUUAGAAAGCCAGCUUGUAUUACUGUAUUAUGCCUUUGCCUGUGUUUUAUAGAUGAAGAUGUAUAAACUUAAAACUGCUAUAUUUUCACAGUUUCAUUAAAAAAGAAAACCUGUAACCGUGCAAUGUGUACUCAACAAGUCAUGCCCAUUGGUACUUUUAAAUAGGCUGACAAUUCAGAGCGUAGGGAAAUUACUUGGGUUUGGGACUACAGCUCCCUGAACCCUCCAACCAGCAUGGAUAAUGGAAACUAGUCCAAAACAGUCACUUUCCCAAGCUCUGGCUGACAUCCAGCUGAUUCAAGUACCAACACACUUUUUAGUAUGAAGCUCAAUUAUACAAAUACUAUCUCUUUACAGGAAAAGGAAAAGCAGAGAAAAGAAGGAAAAUAAAAUAAAAUUGAAGGUAUUUUACUGUACUUGUAACAGUUUCAAUAUUCUGUAAUAUAUUAUGUGAUAGUGAAAAAAUAUUUUCAAGCUCACGGUUUUUCACAGGAUGUAAAUAAUUGAAGCGGAUGUUUUUGAAAUGGAUGCAUUUAGUUGUCACCACCAAAAAGAAAUGUGCUCAAGAAAAUGUAUUGUAAAACCUUCAUAACAUCAUUGAUGAUUCUUUUUUUAAAAAAAAAAAUGGGAAAAAAUGUUCUAGUUUGUCAAAGCAUGUUGUCAAUAUAUCGUUUACCCUAGCCACUUGCAUUUGUAUUUGCUGAGAUUGUGUCAACAGACGGGCGUGACUUCUACUUGUUUAGUAAAUCACUUUGAAACUGAAACCAGUCAGGAAAUUCAUAUUGGCAUGAGGGAAUAGGUAGUAAUCUUUGACUAUUCGAAGAAAAUAAGUCAAAUAUCCACUGUGCAAGUGCAUUUAGUCCUGUGGUCCCUGGCCUUCAUUUGCAGAGCAUUUCAAUGAUUUUAUCUAAGGAUAGCCUUGGAUAAGGUUAUCCUUGGAUAAACUAAGAUUUUCUCGAUAAAAAUAAGAUUAUCUAGAAAAUAAUCUUAUGGCAUGUUUUUAAUAAAUAGCAUCGUUACUGUAUUGUUUUACAAACCAGAGUCCACUUUAUUGGUUAUAUGUCAACUGUACUGGAGGUAGGUCAGUUGUAAGCGCUAGCAGUGAGGACAUGGGAAAUAGAAUACAAAAUGUAUGCAAAGUGAUUAAUACAAUAAUGCUUUAGAUCUGCUCAACAUUAUUUUAGUGACCAUGGGAAAGCCCAUUAUUCCAAUCCAAGUGAUAGGUGACAGAAUGCAACUUCUUAAUAAAGAAUAAUUCAGUCAUUUUCAUACAAGGGUCUACCUUUGAUGUUCCUGGGUCAAAAGAUGGUCACUUUGAACUUGGCAGCAAAGUGUGCUGAGAGCUUGAAAUGUUCUCCAAGUCAUUUGUCUGUGUAUGUGUGUCCGUCCAUGUGUUCUGUUGUUCAGAAAUUUAGCAAUGUCACAGUUAUUGGCCAAGAUCCAAGGGACAUAAUGUCUCUCAGAUAUGUCUCUGUGGCUACAAUUCCCAAGACUACCCCUUCAAACUCUACUUGGGAGCCAUGCCCCAGCAAUGGCAAUUUCUGGGGAUCAUGGAGCAGAAAGGGACAGAAUUCUAAUGUAUACGAUUACAAAAAAAAAAGUUAAUUCCCUUCAUAAGGUAAAGGUACUAUACUGUAAAUUAGGCCAGAUGUACUCUGCCACAUAAAGCAGUUUGAAACUGCAAUAUAUGUGCAGUGUUGACCCAUAUGAUGCAGUUCAAUGUAGAUCCAGCUUUAGUAAGAGAAUGCCAAUCAUUAUUUUGAACCAAUGACAAGGUUUGCUGUAAUGGUUCUGCAUUCGUUUAGGCAUCACCACACUUUUUGCAUUUCUUAUUCCCAUGACUUCACUGCUCACUAUUCCAACAUAUAGAUGCAUUUGUAUGCCAGUGCAGGAAAACAUGUCAUGCAGUUGAUGGUCUAGAUUUCAGUCCAGAAAAAAAUGAUGUUAUAGGACAAGCAACAAGGAAAAGAAAUGUCAGGGCAUACUGAUAGAAGGAACAUAGCUUCCUUCACAUCUUAUUGUUCCCAGUAAACUGGACUGAAUGACAUUAGUUAAUUUACCAGAUGGGAAAAUCAGUUAACAUAAAAUGCACAUGGUGGUAUGAUGUACAAUUCAUUGACUCCUGUCCAGAUUUCAAUGCACGUGAUGGCUUCCUCAUGCACAUAAGCUGACCAGAAAAGAAAAACUUUUUUCCAACAUUGAAAAAUAGUCAUGUAUGAAGCAGUUUCAGGAUCCAACUAGAGAAAGACAUGUUGACACACUAUAGCACAUAAUUUUGACCAUUUAAUUUGGAGUGAAAUGGACAAACCAUUAUAAGGAAAGAUUGUUUCUGAUAUGGUAGCUGUCGACAUUUCAUUAAAUUGGUAUUCUUUUGCAUUUCCUCCUGUAGCUACACAAUUGAAAAGGGUCACUCUGACCUGGAUCCAACAGAAUCUACACAUAUCAAUAGAACUGUUGAGAAAAAGGAUUGUCAGGCUGGUUCACACUUACCAAGGAUCCUUUUAACAACCUCGUCCCCUCCCUCUACCAUGCAAAUGAAGACAAUGUGUGAUGCAAUUAUUCUUUACAUAAGCCAGAAUUUCAUUAUUCUUCCUCAAGAAAGGGGGAAUUAAUGAGUCAAAAAGUGAUAAAUCAUUCCCAACAUGCCUACUGCCUUGGAGAGGUGGGGAAGGGGGGGAAAUCAAUAUCCUGUGAAAGGGAAGUUGGGCACCAGCUCCUUCGCUUUGUAAAUAAGAUCUAAGUGAGUAUAUUGAACCAGCCUGAAGGGAUAUUUUGGAGAUGUCCACUCCUUUUUGCAAGAUUAGCAACAACAGUUUGAGUGUCUGUCUAUUAACAUUAGAAAAGAUGAGGAUGUGCCCUAUACUCUUUACAUAGCAAUAAACUCCAGCUGUAUUAUCAUAAGGCUCUGUUUUCAAUUUGGGGAAGGAAGGGGUGAGAUGGCACUGGAUCCCUGUAGAUCCAACACAGCAAAUCACAAAGUGCCAUUUGUCUACUCUCUGUCUCUCUUUUUUUUCCAACCUGAUGUGCUUUCUGUAAGUAGGAUUUUCAUAUACCUAAGAGAAGGAAAAACAAAUUUACAGGAGGGAAGGGGCCUUUUUAUACCAUACAGUGAGAAUGUUAUGAUUCCACUUUAACUGCUGUGGAAACAUCCUGGGAAACUUUGGUAUUUUUAUUGAAGGGAGGGAUAUUUCAAAUUCUCUCUUAUAAUGUUCUAGUGCCUCACACUACUAUAAAUCCAUGGAUUCCAUAGGAUGUUCCAUGACAGUCAAAGUGAAAUCAUAAUGCCAUAAUUCUGUAGCAUGAAAGAGCCCUUGAAAAGAGCUCUACAGUAGCAUCAGGGCCUUCUAAUUGUAGAUCCAUUACAAGCAUCCUCUCCCUCUAUGAGUUGUUAUUGUUUAAUAUGUUGUCUUUCAAAACAAUUAAAAUUAUCUAGCAUGAGAACAAUUGGUGUCAUUAAAAUGCAUUCCAUUAAUAAAUAUUACCACUAAAAUGAAGUGUGUGUGUGUGUAUAUAUAUAUAUAUAUAUAUAUAUAUAUAUAUAUAUAUAUAUAUAUGGACAUUCUACCCGCACAUUCAGUCACAUAUUUUCCAACACAUUUGGAUUAGGUAGUUAACUCCAUAUUCCUUGGUAAGAUGAAAGCAGAGGUUCAUGCUAUUCUGAAUGGACGACUCAUGUUGACAUAUGUGGUAAUUCCAUUGGUCAUUUACUUCCAAAUUUGUGUAAUUCUAUAUUAUGCCAACUCUAACAUAAGUCCAUUGAUUUGAGCAGGUGUUAUUCCCAAAUUGCAAUGAACAAGGUUGCACCCUUUCAAACCAACUGAGCAAUACCAUUUUUCUACAAUUUAAGAAAUAAGUAUCAGAGUGACAGGAUUGACAGGGCUGUUCACUUUUUACAAAACUAUUUUUCUUUUGUCUUAGAACAUGCAAGCAGGCAAUAUUGACUAUUUUGAAAACUUUGAAAGAUAUUUAAAUAAUUGUUACCAACUCUUAUUUAUACUGAAAGCUUAACUUUUUAAAAAAUGUAAUGAAUACAAACUUUUAAAAAAACCUUAAAACUAUUUAAUUCAUAUUGUAUAAUUUUGCUGACAUAUUGACUGUGCAAAAUACUUCAUUGUCACCCCAUAAUUCAUUUCAGCCUUUGGCUUAUUUGCACAAACAAGGUUUAAUCAGAAAUGGAAAGUAGAUGAACACAGAGUUUACUCUCAGGUCAACAAGCAGUUGCCAGGCCCCAUUAAAUUAAUUGCUGGAUUGCAUUGUUUCAGUUGCCCUACUCUAAUUUGGACCAGCAAUGAAAUCUUUGUAUCUCUAAAAUAUCAUUGCCAUUUUGUUAGAGGAAGAAUAGGGAAUGUAUGUUCUCCCAGGUGUCAUCAGGCUGAGACGGCCAGUGUUGACAGGCCAUUGGAGUUAUCUGAAGAGCUGUGUGUUUUUCAGCCUGAGUAUUCUUUGAUAUGGAAGUAAAUCAUUCAUCAGUGGAGGUCCACUUGGAUCUAUUUUCAAGGGGAAGUUUCCUUACAUAACCCUAAUUGAAAUUAUGGGGAAUAAGAAGGGAAACUCGGCAGUAGUUUUGAUAUAAACCUCCUGAAAUUAUAAAUGGAAUAUAUUUGUGUUCCUGGCUGGUAAACUCAAAUUCACAAGCCCUUAACUCAGUCCCCAUCUUGGGAAACUUAAUGGACUACAACACAGCUAUUUGCAUCGAUGUUCAACAAGUCUACAAAGCAACUUGUGAACCCAUCCAAUGGAAUGCAACCCACCAGAUCCCUUGGAAGUUCCAUAAUAUUCCUGGUUUUCCUGCUGCUAUGAGACUUUAAAAAACGGGUAUGUAGGAGAAUGUUGAGAAGAACAUUCAUGGCAUAUCCUGUGAGCUGUAAUAAGUUGGUGGACUCACAAGUUAGUGCAAUGCUACUCAUGCUCAUUAAAUGCAAUUGAAUCAUUUUUCUGUUGCUCCUCUGCUUAAAAACAACCACAACAAAAAUCCAUUUGUGGCUUCUUUGCUGUACUUGUUCUCUUGCUAGGAAGAAGACGGGAAGAGGAAAUGGUAUCGUAUGUGGGAGCACAAACUGAAAACUGGGGAAAGUCAAAUACAUUUAAAGAGGCAGUCAAAGGCUGGGAAAUGUAUGUUUAUCCAUUCUCAUUAAGGCAGCAACAACAAAAGCCAUUAAUUGGUGGUUUUAGGACCAGGAGAGCAAAACAGGUGAAUGAAUUUAAAAAACCCACUAAUGUUCAUAAAAUGAUAUAGUCAUCUCUACCAACUACAUAAAAUGGGAUGGAAGUUUCACAUCAAACUUUUUUUGUGCAGCAUUCAGUUAUCUUUCUUUAGUAUAAGAUGCAGCAUAUAUCAGUCAGUAUCCGUACACCUCAAAAAUGCUCCCAGAAUUGAGUAUGUUCAUGCUAGAAAACAAAACAAUAGCUCCUUCCAUUUUUCUUCAUUACAUUUCAAAACGGUUUUCAGUACAAAUGUAUUUCCUUUUCCUUUUUUUUAAAAAAGCAUUUAAUUUCCUAAUAGUUUUCUCCCUGUGCAUUUAUAUGCUACAUAGCGAUUAAGCAACACCUAUGUUAUAAGUUUAUUAAUGAUUAUGUACGUGUUGUUCUUGUAUUUAUGUAUAGUGUAUGUAUUGUAAAUAUACUCAGAGCUUUUCCUCUUCUUUACUGUAAAACGGUGAUUUUUUUUCUUUAUUUUGUUUGCCCAACCAUCAUUGUAAAGGGAGUUCCCCCCACUCAAGAAACCCCAUCAGAGGACAAUUACUUCAUGAAUUAAGUGUUAACGUUUUUAAUGGUGUCUCAGACAUUAUUCUGUUGGUGCAUUGCUUUUAUGUAUUCAACUUUUCCUAUGAAUUGAGCUGUGAAUUGAAAUAGAGUUUAAAUCUUUAAAUGUAUGCAUUGGUAUAAAUAUCUGAAUGGAGGCAUGAAGGAUAAAUAAAGCAUUUUGUAUGGAA